GGGCUCCCGAGAGGAGCUACCACUCACCUGGCGGGGGCGGAGGGCCACACACACCGAAGCGAUCCUACCCUCCCGGGCUGGACCCCAGUGCGAAGCCGAGGCUGCGCGCCCGGUGGAGGAAGCUAAGCCGCUGGAGCACCGGAGACACGGGUGAGAAGCCCGCAGGGGCCCGCUGGGACCCGGACCUCCGUGUGGGGACCGAUGCCUGGAAGCAGGCUCACCGCUCACCCGGACGGGCGCCGGCGAGAAGAAAACCCCGGCGGGGCAAGGACUCUCGGAGGGAGGUCAGAGGGCACCAAGUUGUGCCUGCAGCUGUUCCCAUGGUAACCGGGGACCGGAUGUGGCGAGUUUAGGACGCGACCGGCCUCUGGGGUCGGCCUAACGUGCACACUGAGGGGCUGGUUUAUGAUUGUUGAGCCCGGAGAAGAGGAAGUUUAUUUGGCCCGUCGUGGAACCGCGGCCGAGGAGAGCGUUAAGGAUGCCGGGGGCCUAGCAGAGACCCCGUGAGGCUGCUUCCAGGAGACCGUCGCCACCACGGACCCCCCGCCACACACGCACACCCUCCCGGAAAUUGAAUGGCGGGUGCCUCAGUCUCCCUGCCCACCGCCCCCCGGAAGCGGAAACAAGUCUAAUGUGCCCCUUCCUCACUGCCCUCCAAAUCCCGUGUAGCCAUUGCCGCAUCCACGAUGCCUAAACGAAAGAAGCAGAAUCUUCCGCCUUCGCAGCCGCCGUCCCAGCAGCCGCCCCUGUCCGAGCGGGAAGAGCCUGGAGAGGAGGAGGAUGAGAGUCCCGUGGGUGAAAAUGCAGCCUUCUGUGAACUACUCCCCCGAGGGAAGGAGAGGAGAAAAAACUAUAUGUGAUGGGCCAGCAGUUAAGGACCACCCAGCCUUCUGGGCCCUCCCCCUAUGGCCAAUGGAAAACCUGGUGACCCCAAGUCAGCUCUUCAUAGAGGUCCUCCAGGAUCAAGGGGACCAGUGAUUCCACCACUGCUGAGUCUCCCACCUCCUCUCCGGGGUAGAGGCCCAAUUCGGGGAGGCCUUGGCCCCAGAUCUGGUCCAUAUAGUCGAGGUUGGUGGGGGGUCAAUGCUGAACCUCCUUUUCCAGGACCAGGCCAUGGAGGUCUCUCUAGGGAAAGCUUUCACAAGGAGCAGAGAAAUCCACGAAGGCUCAAAAGCUGGUCUCUUAUCAAGAAUACAUGCCCCCCUAAGGAUGGCCCUCAAAUGAUGGAAGACAAAUCUGACCGCCCUGUCUGCCGACACUUUUCCAAAAAGGGUCAUUGUCGAUAUGAAGACCUCUGUGCCUUCUACCACCCAGGCGUCAAUGGACCUCCUCUGUGAGACUGUGCCUUCCCAAGAGGCUGGAGGGAGCCCUUUGACCUAGCGGCCAUUUAUCUCCCUGUAGCUGGCACAGCUACUGUGAGGCCCUUCUGCCCAGCACCCUCAGUCAGUGACUCGUCCGCCUCUGUCCUGCACCUCCCUCCUUGGGGUCCAGAGUUGUGAUUCAUCACUGGUGCGCAGUGCGCACUAUCCUCUGAUUCAGGCUCCAGAGACUCACCUUCAGACCUCUUCCUGCUCCCUUCACCUGUCCUCCUGGAUCUUCCCCUUCGCCAAGCGACUGCUGGACAGGAACCUUUGGUGCUGCUUCUUGUGCAUCUGUCACCUGUCCACCAGUAUUGCCCGUGAUUCCCAAAAGCCCUGGAGCAGUUUUCUGCCCCCUCUAGCUGCUUGUUGAAAGUCCUUUUACGUGACACCCAGUGUUUUCAGCUGCCUAGAAAACACACCAGGUUGUCUGACUGUUAGGGAUCAGGUCUGGGUGACUGCCUCAGAGAUGCUUCCUGAAAGAUCUCUCCCUACUUUUGGACAUCGUCGUUUCUGUCAAUAGCAUGAUCCCCACCAGUAUGGCCUGUGGUGACUGUGCUCUGUGAAACUGUGCAUCCCCUCGUAGCCUUUCUCAGUGUAUGUGGCAUUUUUGUGACUUCCCUACACUAGCAUAAGUUUCUUGCCAAAAUGAGUGAGGCUCUUGGUGCCCUUUAGACAUUACCUGCCUCCCAACAUGGGAGAAUUGUGAAAUUUCCACAGACUGCCUCCCAGUCCUCCCCUUUGCUCUGGUGUCAUUUAUUCUGGGUCUCACACCGGCCAGUGAUGUCUUGUAAAGCCCCAGGUGGACCUCCUUUCCCAGCUCCUGCCUAGCCCAUUUUAGUUAGGUCUGUCCUUGUGAGGCCACUAGUCCUUUUGUUUGGUUUCUGUGAACCUCCACUUGGCCUGUCUUUGGGUGGAGUCUGGACAGUACUGUUGCCCUCCUGAGACCUCUCCCCUCACAUCCCUGACACUGGUUGUUUUCUGUGAAAACGGCGGUGAAUGGUUUGGGUUUUGAGCUGGCCCUGAGGAAGUGGGUCAGGAGUUGUGUGGGCAAGAGGGAAGAGUGAGAGCUGUUGGAGAACUGAGAAUGAUUUUUUCUUUCUUUUUAACAUUUUUUUAUAUUAGUAAUAAACAGUGGAAACCAG